AUCACUUAUCCAUAUCAAAGAAAGCUAACACAAGUAUAUAUUUAAAUAAAAAUGCUUGAUAAGCUUACUAGAGGGAUAGGAGGGUUCGGGCGCGGAUACGGCCAUUACCGGAGAAGUGGCGGCUAUGGGUUCGAGGAACACAAGGAGUUUGUGACUCAUGUGGAGUCAGAAGGAGGCUACUUUGACCGUCAAGCCCGCUAUGACCACCGCAUGAGGCUUCCGGCCAAUCAUGGCCGUCCACCCAUGGCUCACAUGCCUGUCUACGAUGAAGAAGACUCAGACUCAGAUGUGGAGGAGUUCUUUGAGAGCAGCCGGAGCCACUACACUACUGCGACAUUGCCUCAUCACAGCAGCAACCAGCACCAACAACCACUUCAUCUCAACUACAGGCCCCCACUACCAGCAACCACCAACAACAACUACCAGACCCAGCUUCACCACAACGGAACGAUGGGAAAGAUAGGUAAUGGAUGGCAGGGGCAGCAUGAAGAUGCAUACCAUGGCGGGCACGGGACGCAGCACCACGACAUGCAUGGGAUGCAGCACCAAGGCGGGCAUGGGAUUCAGGACUACAACGGCCAAUGGAUGAAGCAACAAGACAUGCUAAUGGCUCCCCAAGUUCCACCACGUCAUGUAUACAUGAACCCAAACCACCGCAGCGGUUACAGCCAUGCAGUAGUGGUGAAAGCUACUGAGAAUUGGCAGGUCAGCAAAAGCAGCGGGCGCCGCAAACUCGGGUGGGGGAGUAAGGGACUCUAGACUCCACCGGAUACUCUGCCGGUUCAUGUAAGAAAGUAAUGAUUAUGUAUCCCAAGUAAUAAAUGUAUAAGAUGUAUGUGUGUGAUAGAUAUAUGGUCAUGUUUCUGUAUCGUACCAAAACUAAAUAGGGGACUUUUAACCCAAAAGAAGUGCUUUCGUAUGAUGACCUUAUGAUUACUAAAGAGUGUUUUUGUUGUUGCUUAUGUUUGAUAAAAGUGAUGUAUAUUA